AAAAUACUCUUCAAUAACCGCAGACGCUCCGGAGGUAUCAAGUACGGCGCCAUUUUGAAAAGGUCACAUGACGACGAUGUUGUUUGCUUCUGUGAUUGGCAGGCGGAGUAACACAACCACGCGCGGUCCGUGUGCCUUAUUUGCCAACUGCUAGUUUUUUUUUUUUUAAGUUUUAUCCUACUAUAGUAAAACGCGGCUGGAUUACGCGUGUCGUGAAGACGAGGGGCACGGAGAAGGAAAAAAAAAAACUAUACUUUGAAGCCAAUUUCUUUCUUUCAAAUUCGAUAGCUGUUAACACGAGCCACGGAUUUUAAGGGCCGAUAAUAAACACAGGAGAAAGGUAAAUGUAACGAACUUGAUGACAUAAGCCACCACCCUACUUCGAAGAGGAUGUUGAUAUCUACGCCAGUAGCGCCCGUAGCGUCGCCUGACCGAGGUUGUCGAUACUUGUUGGCUUACAUUUUCGUCGUCUUUUCUCGCGUAUAGUAGUAUGCGUCUACAACCCGUUCGCGAAGAAAGAGCGCCGCACGUGCGCACGACUGCGGGUAUAGGAAGUGCAAGCAAAAGAAGAAGAGGCAGCUGCAAGUGCUUCGUGCGCGUGCCGGAUCUCGUGAGGCGACGUGUCGAGCGCUACCGCGCUGACGACGCAGACCAGCGUUCUUUGCCGUUCGGCGUGGUCAGCGUGUCUUGGAAGCUUCCCCGGUGCAACGCUAAGAUUGUCGAACGACACCAUCGGCUUCAUGAAGUCUCAACGAAGGAAUAAGCAGGCGCACAACCGCCGAGCGGACGGACGCGGACGUGCCAUGCGUCCCAACGUUCCUCUGCUGGAGCACUUCCGGUGGCCCCGCCUUCGGCGUCCGUUCUACAAACACUGGCUGCUCAACGUACUGCGUCUCGUGGAGCUCUUCUGUUGGGUCAUGCUGUUCCGCCUGCUGAUUGCGCUGUCCGCGGUCACUGUGGUUGUCUUGGCGUGCCUUCUGGUCGCUGCAAUGGUGGUGGGCGGUCCUCCCCUGCUGCGCUCCCUCGCCGACUUCAUGACCGACACGUUCCGCGAGGUGUUCACCCUGUGCUCCCAGUUCCUCCAAGACCCUGUCCAGGCGCGCCUGUUAGACAUCGCCAGGAGGGGAACACAUAUGUGACCGGAGACUCCCGCGCCAGGCCUCGCCGACUUGACCACCAAGCUGGCGGGUAGGCAGGCGGCGGGCGCGUAACGCAGCGACUGUCAGCGUCCACUCGGUGCCCUAGGCACGAAGCUAAACGCCGGUCACGGGCGCGCGUGGUGUGUGUGGUGUGGGUUUUUGUCUUGUUUCGUCUCUCGGGUGAGCUGCAGCUGCUGCAAGUCAUUUGGCUACCGUGCCGUGCUGUCUCGGCUAGUUGGCGACCACGUAUUUGACGCGGCGGCUACGCAACGCACUUGAUGCCAAGCAGGGCACCUAAGUCUCGUGGCAGCCGAGCAGUCGUGGCGUUCGCGCGGCUUGUUUAUCUGGUGUGAACUGUCGGCAUACCGGCGUACAGGCCCGUCGACUCGCCCAGCUUUUACGCACGUGAUGCAACUGGUGUAAAGCGCGUUCUGCAGGUUUACGCUGGGGAUAUGCACCGACCGCGACAGUGCACCUUGCGCUUGUUCUGUGUCCAGCUUUUUUUUUUUUUUCACGGUCAGAGGCAGCCGUGCCAUGGUCUUGUGUUGUGGCAGCUUUACGGAGCGCUGGUACAGCUGCAAGCGACGGUGAUCAACAUUGUGCGGUCCUUGACAUGCAUCAAGUGCAUUGUAAGCUGCCUCGUUAACAGGCAUUGCAACUCUCCCAGAAUUUCACAAUGGCUGCACAGCGAUUCAUCCAGUUCCCUUUAUUUGCUUUCGUUUGAAGACAACCGUGCCCAGAAUGAGAGUUCACUCGUAUGUACUAGCGCUUUUUUAGCAGGACAAGACCUUCCAAGCUUGUGUACGGGCAACCCUUAAAACACGACGCCUAUGACUGGAGGCUCGUAAAGUGACAUCAAGAACCUGGCAUUGAAAACGAGGGCAAGGAGGGAAUAAAGCAAUCGCAAGACCGUGGUGCUCGCCCUGUGGAGUCGCCUGGCAAAAGUGCCGCGUUUCUCUUCCAUUGGCUGAAAUAUGUCAUUUGUUAGGACUACCAAGGAAAUCGUAUUUUACAGCCAAGACGGGUGAACGCACUUGCCUGUAAGGAGGUCACGGCUCGACGACAGCGCUUGGACGCGGUGAAUGAACGAAGUGGCCAGUGCAAGUUUGAGAAGAAGAGGCAUCGCGUGAGAGACGGAAAGAGUUCGCCAGCCAGCUGAGACAGUGGGUUGAGACGAAUAACAGUGCAUAUCGGCAUUGCUACUUCCAAGGUCACGAAUCAAUUCUUUCACUUGUAGGGUUUGAAAACGGUACGCGAACAGUUGUCUUCUCAGACAUCCGUGCACACUACGCGUCUGUAGCCAGCAGACACGUAAAAAGAUAAAAAGAAAGCAGCCAGAACUAUCAAUAUAAUUCGAAGUCUCAGCAUGCUACGUCUUUUUUUUUUCCUUUCCCUGCAGUGUUACCCCGUCCCGUGACUUGCAUUUUCCUCACCCGAAGUACGGAAUGUGUUUUCAUAGGCUUUUGCCAUGAACUUUCUUGGAGUGUUUUUUUUUGUCUUGUGUGGUAGUUUUGUCACUACAAGCAGUUUGUUGCAACCAACUGCGCGAUACGUAGGUGAACUGUGCUUGUUCAAAAUGUUCUGUUAUGGGCAUUAAACUUUGCUGUUGAGGCGUGA